GAUGACGCCGCCGCCGCUCGGUUGUGUUCCUCUUGCAUAAUGCCUUCCCCAAGGUACGAACUACUACUGGCGCCGUCGAUUUACCGAGUUGGACUUCUCGACUGAGAGAUGGCCGGAGAGACGGGCACCAUCUCGGUCUCGCAGGUCCAGGCGAUGGUUAUGAUUGCAUUCGCUGCGACGGCGUACUACAAUACGAUCGAAACCUUUUUCUCCAUAUUCACGACCUUCAAGCGCCGACGAGGAAGAUACUUCUGGAGUAUGAUCGUAUCUAAUACUGGCAUCAACAUCAAUGUGAUCGCCUUCAUUCUGCGGUACUUUGGCUACUACCAGAAAGCGAUAUUCGCAUCGAGUAUCAUCAUCCCGAUCGCUUGGUACUCGAUGGUCACAGGCCAGGCCAUUGUUCUUUGGUCGCGGUUGCACCUGGUUGUUCACAGCCAACAAAAGAUCCGCUGGAUCUUAACGAUGAUCAUCUUCAACGCCGUCACGAUGCAUAUCCCGGAGACGGUAAUCUUCUUCCUCGCCAACACUAGCCCCAAGGAAUACGUAAUGCCCUUCAAGAUAUACGAAAAGGUCGAACUCGUCGUUUUCACCAUCCAGGAGACCAUCAUCGCAUCUCUCUUCCUGUACGAAGGCUAUAAAAGCCUCAAGCCGUUGAGCGCAAUCAAACCAAAGGCUGUUACAAACAUGGUGCGGCACUUGGCUUCACUGUUCGCUGUUGUCUUUAUACUAGACACAGGCCUGAUUAUCCUGGAAUACAGCGACAAGUUCGAGAUUCAGACAAUGUGCAAGCCAUUCGUCUACAGCGUCAAGCUCAAAGUCGAAUUCGUCGUGCUCAACAAACUAUUGGCGUUCACUCGAAUGAGCGCCUGCGACUGUCGAGGCCCCGAGAGCAUACCGUCUGCCACGCUGGCUGAUAGCAACAACCGGACGAAUGGUGGAAACAAUGGGCUGACGCUGGCACUUCCGGCCAUUGAGCAGACAAAUGGAUCACUUUCUCCGUUGUGGCAGACAGCGAGGAAGGACUACAUCUUUGAUGGACGGACAUCUCCAAUGAGUAUAAGAAGCAGAAGAGGGUCGAGGGAGGGAGAUUUGGAUAUCAGCCCAGAGGAAGACAAAGCGACGGUGUCGAUACGUGAGAAGCCAUUGAUGACGGACGAUAGGUAA